CGUUGCGUGCCUGCUGCUUGCGCAUGAUCCAUCCCUCGCGCGCCCUCGGAUCCGAGCAGCACCAGCUGAUGACCGCUUGUGCGGCGCCUGUGCUGACGCUGCAUCUGAGAGCUGCCGAGGGACGCUGCUGCAGCCUCGCAUCUGCUCCUGUGGCUGCGCUGCGCCCUCUGGCGCAUCGGCGCGGCUCUUCGCUGCCGAGCGCUGAUGGCUGCUCAGCCGCUGCAUCGGAUACAGCAGCACUCUCGGACCUGACGAGCUGCUGACCCUCUCUCCUCUGCACCACCACCACCGCCGACGACCCCACCACCGACCGCCCGCCGCCCUCGCAAGACACCUUCCUCUCACACGCAAGCCCUCCAAGCCUGCCUGAUCCCUCUCGCCCUCUCCUCACGCCCGCCUCCUCGCCUGCGCACUCCGCGCACCUCUCUCCGAGUCCCUCCUCAGCAUCUCACCCCGAAGCCUCGCACCUCUGCUGCCGCGCACCGAUGGGCAACUGCCUCUCCAACAGCGCGGGCAACGACGGCUCGCCCGAGUCGCUCAAGUCGCGCCAGCUCGACCGGCUGCUGCGCGACGACGAGAAGCGCAUGGUCAAGGAGGUGAAGCUGCUGCUGCUCGGUGCGGGCGAGAGCGGCAAGUCGACCAUUCUCAAGUCCAUGCGCCUCAUUCAUCACAUCCCAUUCACCGCCGCCGAGCGCGAGCACUACCGGCGCCUCGUCUUUGUGAACCUGGUGCAGGGCAUGAAGCUGCUGCUGGACGCCAUCGAGGAGUGGGGCGGGCACUUUGAGCAUCCCGAGUACGCCACGUUUCUCUCGCUCUUCAUCGCAUAUCCAGACAUCGCCGAGGAGGAGCCGUUCCCGGCAAACUACUUUGAGCCGCUGCGCCUGCUCUGGAACGACGCCGGCGUGCAGGCGGCGCAUCGGAGAGGCAACGAGGCUGCCGUGCCGGAAAAUCUGACCUACUUCUUUGCCGACCUGGACCGCUUCUUCGACCCGCGCUACGUGCCGACGGACUCUGACAUCCUGCGGUGUCGCAACAAGACGACGGGCAUCAUUGAGACCACGUUCCCGAUCGAUGACCGCAUGUACAGAAUCCUCGAUGUCGGAGGACAGCGCUCGGAGCGCAAGAAGUGGGUGCACUGCUUCGAGGGCGUCACGGCUGUGCUGUUCCUCGUGGCGCUGUCGGGCUACGAUGCCUGCCUCGUCGAGGACCGCGACAGCAACCAGAUGCAAGAGUCGCUGAUGCUGUGCGACUCCAUCUUCAACUCAAAGUGGUUUGCGCGGACGUCCAUGAUUCUCUUCCUCAACAAGGUCGACAUCUUCCGCACCAAGAUCAUGUACUCGAGCGUCAAAUCGUACUUUCCCGACUAUGACGGCGACGACCAGGACUUCAACGCCGCGCGCAACUACUUCAAGCACCGCUUCUGCCGCCUCAACCGCUCGCAGACCAAGGAGAUCUACCCCUCCUUUACAAACGCUACAGAUACGGGCCUGCUCAAGAUUGUCAUGGCGAGCGUCACGGACAUCAUCUUGACGACGAGCUUGCGCGACAUCAUGUGAUGGCCGUCGCUCAAGCACGGCAGCCGUGUGCGCCGCACUGAACAGCGUCAGGGGUCGCAUGCGCCUCCAACCAGACCUGUCUUCGACUCUUACGACCCCUCGGGACCACCUCUCCUUUGCGCGCGCCGCCCCCCUCUUCCCAUCGCCCGUCACCUCUUCCCCUCGAUCGCGCACGCGCCUUCACCGGCAGUCGGCGCUUCACAUUCCCUUCGUCUCUGUCCCGUCUCGAGCUCUAGUUGAUUCCCCCGGCCCGCGUGCUACCCCAUCCAUCUGUACUUCUACCCAUCAUAGGACCCGCCGUCAAGAGUGAAUCAAGAGCUUCAUUGCGCGAGA